AUGUCAUCUCUGCGAUUAACUCAGCAACAACGCGACCAUUUGAGCCUCCUCCAGCGACCCGCUAGCGAUGUAGUGGAGCUGUGCAAAUCCGCCUUCGAUUACCUGAUAAAUGGGCCCAAUCCCGAUCGCUACGAGGCGCUGGCCAAGAAGUACUCGGAUUCCCAGGGACCAGAGGCCGUUCAGCAGGCGGUGGAGGCACUGAUAUCGCUGCUGAUCAGCGUAACCACACGGGUAGGAAGUAGUACGGUCAACAUGCAGGCCACUCUGCGCCAGACAUUCCCCGAUCUCGGUGAGGAGGUGCUCGAGAUCCUCGAGCAGUUUGUCACCAGCAAGCGAAACUUUGUGGAGGGCUCCAUCAAGUCGGCCAACAUACGUGCCCAUCGACUGGUCAACCUGGACUGGCGACUGGAGGUGCGCACCGCAUCCAGGAGUCUCCUGGAGCAGUGCCAAGUGGUGGUCACCAUGAAGCUGUACCUGCACACCGAGCCGAAGAACGAGAACCGCGAACUUUUAACGAUAGAUGCGUCCGGACGCAGCGAACAGGAGCUGCAGGCCAUGCAGGAGGACGAGCGACUGCAUCGCAAGGAUUUGCUGGUGCAGACCGAUGUCAGCAGCCUGGUGCACAUGAUCAAAACGCUGGAGGAUGCCCUGGCGGAGUCCAAGACGCGACGCAUUCGCAACAUAGUCGAUGGCAUUCACUGAUACGAUACACUUGUUAACGCUAUUUUAAUCAGGACCAAUUUAUUAAAACUAAAACUAACUAGAGAAUGGA